AAAACCAAACAAACACUUUCCUAAGCAGUUCAUUUUCUAUCAACGUAAAUUCCAAUGAAAUUGUGAAAAAAAAAAUUUCCAUCCAAGUGAAUUAAACGUUAUCAAUUGUGUGGUGUAGUAAGGAAAUAUUACAAAAAUCAUUCAGAAUUUUCUGUGAGAAAAUUGUUCAUUAUUCAAAAAGUUGAACAUUCUGAUGAGAGUUGAUUUCAUGCAUCUGUAAUUUGCAACACGAGCACGAAUCUGUUUUUCGAGAUUGGAGAAAUAAUAACUACGAACAAAAAACCAUCAACGAGAAGCCAUAGGAAAAAUAUCUAGCUAGCAUAUAAUCAAAACAACACUAAACUCAUAUACGAAGAAAAACGAAACAACAAAAAACUAAAUAAAUAUUCUAUUAGAAACAAGCACGAGACUGUGGCAUUGGUGAUUUGGCGGUUGGUACGACGAAAGAAAAUUUCCGAAGAUAUCAAAAGGCAACGGACAAACACGAAACAGUCAUAAUAAGAAUAACAAACGAGAGCACACAUUUGAAGUCAGCUGUUACUCUUUUUUUUAUUUUGUCGGUGGCGAAUUUUUCAUCAGAAUUUUCUCAUUAGCACUGUUUCUCGCCGUACGAUUUUCGCUGUACGUGUGUUUCGGCUGUACAAAACGUUUGUUUUUUCUCUCGUUCUUGUGAUAUCGUGUGUGAGUUUUUUUUUCAUUCUAUAUUCAAAGUGUUUUUGCGACCAGUCGGUAGAAGAACGUGUUUUUCUUUGUUCGGGAAAGUGAAUUUUUUUUUGAGUGACUAGAAGUAUGCGAAGGAUUUAUUUCAAAUACACAUUUGGAGACACACAUUGGAUUUUUUAAUUCAAUUUGACGGAGAACACUUUUGACGGAAUUAGCAAAGGACUCGAGAUAUCGUUCUGAAACUGAAUCGAAAAAAUUGUUCAAAUAGUAAGCAGUGUGAUCGUAGUCUUUUUUGUUCAUUCGCCUGUUGCUGUGUGCUGGCUCACGCGCGCGCUCUUCUCUCCUCCGUACACUCGAUACGUGGUAUUCUACAUUAUACGUAUGUAUAGAUGUAAUUUCUCAACGCGCCGCAAACCUUCUCUCCAUAACGUCACCACCGUUUUCAUCGUCGUUGUCGUUGUCGCUGUUCAACUUUGGAUCACACACCGUCGUCAAUUGCUACAUACAUUCACACACACAUAUAGUACGUACGCACACGAACGCCCAGCGCAAUCAGUUUGGAUAUAGCUAAGACAAACGUGACGUGACGCUGGCUAGCUUUUCUCUAUAUCAUAAACGAAUGUAAACGAAUACGGGAGACACGAAGCAGUGAGAGAACGACAAAAAAGAAAAAAACUUACAUACAACUGAACGCGUCCGAUGAUUGCAUAUAAAAUCGCUGGAACACGUUGCCGUUAAAUUUAUUCUGUGCUUAGAAAUUUCGGUGACCAGACCAGACCAUCAAACGCUCUUCUCAACCAAAAGUAAAACCAAUUCAGUGAAUUUCUUUUUAUCUGAAUUGCAGCCCAAGUUUUUGUUAUACAACGUUUUAGUUUGUGAAUUUAAAAAUAAAAGUGUUUGAUAAAUUUUCGUGUUUAAAAAGUGUCAAUUCCUGUUUAAAACCAAUCGCUCGUCGUUUUUAUACGUUGGACACAUAUUUUACCGUAUUUUUGAAACUUUUGUGGAAUCGUCGGCGUUUCAAUUUUUUGUUCGAUCGCCGUUCGAUAUACACACUAGAAGAAAAGAAAAAAAAAGAGAUUUUUGUUUCGUGAUUCAUCGAGAGAGAAAAAUUAAGGACAAGAGAUAUUAUCAGUACAUUGCAUCAUAAUAUUGAGUGAAAAAAAUUACCACAAAAUAGAUUCGUGUUCGUUUCGUGAGUUUUGCCAAAGACAUAAAUCGAUUUUAUACCGUACAAACCGACGGAAGCAGCUAAUUGUUAACGAAUCAAAAGGGAAUUCAACAAGCUCACAGCACAAAACCACAAAGUGCCCGGCCAGCCGAUUUUCAUUGUUUUCCGUUCGCCGAAAAACCGUCAUAAUUCUCUCCAAUCAGAUUUUGAAAGCUGUUCGUAUACUGGGAAAGAGGACCUCCGCAUCAACCGUUCACAAAAUGGCUCACGAAAUUGUUGAUUCAAAUGAACUGUUUGAACCAAGGUGAGUGUCAUUUCUCUUGCUUUUUUUUUGUUGGUUAAGCAAUUUUUUUUGUCAAGCAAUUUUUUUCGUUAUUAGAAAAAAAUAUGGUUGUCUCUGUUUGGCUCGGCCAAAUAGAGUACAAUCAAUAGAUUUUAAGCGAUGCGAUAGAAACUCGAUUUGAAACGUAAGUGUUAAGGCUAGUGUAGGCUUACUUUUGUUGUUGCCAACAUUUGAAUGUCCUUUUUUUAUAUCGUUUCGUCUUUUCGAACAUUUACAUUAGCAAUAUAGCCAAUGGCUACUCGCCAUAUGUCUUCUUCACACCAACAUAUUUUUUAAUGAACACCAAAUAAUGUUGUUGUUAGUUUCGAUUCGAAACUACAAACAAAGUAGAAGCGACAACUGAAAGAAGCGACAACAUUUUAUUGAUGAGUCAGGGAAUACAAUUUAGGACGCUCGCGCAUACUCACUCAACAAACAAUAUUUAAUUAACGGUGCAAUUCAAUGUGCUUGAAAUACAUUUUUUUUCUUUUGCCGUUACUUUUACACGAUACUCUUUUGAUUAUCGUCGUUAGGCUACGCAGAAAAAAAGAAAUCCAACAACAACCAUUUCACUCAAUGAAAACAUAAAAUAUUCUUUAUUAUCUACGGCACGCGUUGUUGAACUGAAUAACUUCGAGUACUUUUCAAUGCAACAACAAUGAGAAAUUGCGUCCAACGAUUUCAUUUUGUCUAGCUUAAUACAUUACCAUUGUUGAGUCAGCACCAAUCUUUACUCUGCGCCAUACGAUAUUGCUCUUGUGAUACUGGUUUUUAUUUGUUGACACAACGUUCAGAUAUGAAUUUUAAUAACGAUCUUUUUGGGAUUUUUAACUUAGCUCAAAGUCUCCAUGCAAAAUUUGUAACGACUCUGAACAUUUUGCAAUGUAGCAUAUCCAUUGAAUGGGAUUUCGACAUGGAAAUCUAUUUGCUCUUUUUUCUUUCUUUACUUUUUUGAAUGAAGUUACUUUUAUGACUAAAUAAAUGAGUAACUCAGGGAGUUACUAACUCACUCAUGGAAAUCGAAUAUCGAGUUCGAAGAUGUCUUUUGUUGACAAUUUCAUAGUCAAUUUCAUUAAAAGUUUCUAGUUUAGUCUCUUCGGAAGAUUAUUUAAUAAAGAUUAAUUUCUAUUGGAAUCCAAAGAAAAAGCCUUUUCUGAUGGCAUGAAUGAUUCAGGCAAACUGAGGACUUUUUGCCAAACGAGAAUGAGCCAAUCAGUUGAAGAAUUGGGAAAUUCAUUUGUGAGAUUUUUUGAAUUGAUUUCAGUCGCUCAAUCUCUUUUCUCGGAGAAAGUGUCUCCAUACGAACUUUUGAGUAACUAGAGAAAAAAUAGUUUAGAAAAUAGAAAAUUUGACAUGUUUUGCCAAUAUUUAUAAAUAAUAAAUAAACUAUGUACUAUAGUACGAAUGAUUCGAAUUUAAAUCAGUAUAACAUCAAUAUAUCGACCAUUCCACAGCAAAUCAGUUAAGAAUUGGAUCGACCGUCCUGGAAUUGGCUGAAAAUUGGCAAAAAGUUCUUGUUUUCGAUAGAAAAUAAGGAAAUCAAAAUCUUAGGGCUGUAAGUGGCCUCAACUAUUCAAGUAUACUUACUAUUUACUACCAUAAACAAUCUAAUCUGGCCAACUUGAUUGAAUUUGUUCACAGUUCUUUGGAAUUGAUGGUAGUCAAUAUUUUUUCACAUGAGCUAUAGACAGUUAUGGAUGAACAAUAAGAGCAAAUGUGAAAAUGGAUUUGCGAUUCGAAAAAUUAACCGCAAAUUUUGAAAACAAAAAGCAAAUGUUCGUGAAUGAAUGAAGUUCAUUGAAUGAGUGAAACACUUGAUACGAACUUAAAAAGCAAUGGUUUAAAUGUUCAGAAAUCAAACCAUUUAAAAAAAUCUACAAAAUACAAUGAUAGUUUGAAAACAAUCCCAUCGUCUUAUCUACAAAAUAGAUGAAAUGCAUUUUUCGACCGACUGUGAAAAACUAAUUAAAAAAAUUGCAUGUCGGAAGAAGUUUGAAAAAAUAGACAAGAUAAAAAUAUGAAGAAACUGAAAGAAGUUGAAAAAAAAAACAGAAAUAAACUGAAAAGAAAGCAACAAAAAAAAAAUCUCCGUAAACAAAAUUUUUGUCCCAAUAACCGGGCGUAACGUCCAGACGGCAGAUUUUUUCGUUGAACUUGGAACUAUUGCGAUAGCGAUCGGAUGCCGACAACCGUUGUCUGACAGUGCGUCUCGUUUGACACACAAAAAAGCUCUUCUUCUCAGCUCGCCUGACUUCGGAAAGUUCCAAUCGUGUCAAUGUCAAUAAAAUUCAUUUUAAACAUUUUUAUAUGUAAAAUAUUAUCGCGACAACAGAAAUUUGCACAUAAAUGUGUUUCGAUUUUAUUUGUUUUAUUUCCUAUGCGAUUUGAUUGCUUUUUCCAUCAAUUCGAUUGGUUCAGAUUGGUUGUUAAUUAGACGCCGUUUAAUUAGAAUAUUCGACGGUUGUUUAUUUUAUUUGUUUACAAUUUGUUUGCGUGAUUUCUUUUAUUGGUUUUUGUUGCGUUGCAUUUGUGCAUCAUUUCCUUUUAAAUUGACAAGUUCUGCAUCAUGAUUUUGUGGAUGGAGACGAAUGUUAUAGCUUAGUAUGGGAGUGAGUUUUAGAGGCUUGAACGAGGUAUUCGUUUCAUCGAAUAUAUGGCAAAGGGGAGUGUGCUAGUGCAUUACUCACUGUGAUUUUUUCUUUUUGCCAUUUAUUCGACGAAACAUAAAUUCUGGUACAUGCGAGCCAUCCAAGCAUUUGAUGUCACACUUGAUCAGCGUGGAUAAUUCUUGAGUUGUUGUUUUUUCAUUUGGAGUUUAAUUGAGAACAUGUGCCCAUAUCUCGUGCCGUUAAUACGACUCAUUUCGAUUUUGUAUGAGUCGCCCAAUCGAGGUGGUUAGUUGGGGUCAGUGGUUGGCUGGCGACACUUCAGCAAUUAAAAGUGCGGUCAAAUGACUGCACAAAAGUCGCAACAAAAGUUGGCGGCAUGCCUUUCCUUCUCUCACACAUGUGUUUCUCUAAAACGUCAGCAACGAUCCUUUCGCAAUUCGAAUACAAUUUACAAUACAAAUUUUUGUUGGGUGACAUGUAAAUGAUAUCAAAAAUGUGCGUAAACAGCAAACAUUGCUUGUUGUAUACAUUUGCCUAGUCACGAUGUUGAAUGGUGGGUACAUGGUGUUGAAUGGUGGGGGAGCUUCAUUCUUUCAUCCAAAUUCGGCCAAAUUCGGCCAAAAUCGGCGAAAUCUCGAAUAAAUCUCGUAUGUAAACCGAAUCGAAAAUAAUCGACUAGCACAACCCAUACACUCCAAAGUUCAUAACGGAGCGCGCGUGGCUCAUAUUCGUUGUUUAUCUAAUUGUUGAUAUUUUUUUCUUCUUCUUUGCUUUUCAUCGUUUUUUUAUUUACUCGUUGAGAUGCCGUCAUCAAUGGUCGCGCAUUUAAUGUUAUUCUGUUGUUGGGUUCUGCGCCAAAAACCUUCUGAAAUAAAUUCUUCCUUCCGUGAAAUGAUUCGGCAAAAUGGUUAAGCAUCCGGCUCUCUGUCAAUCGAUUGAAAUGACACAUUUGUCAAAUAUUGUUCGUAGCCAGUUUUUGCAAGUGCUAACAAGACAAUUGCAUACCAUAAAUUUUCCAUACCCAUAACAAAAAAAACCGUCAUGGAGUGUGUCGCUAAUCGAUUGACCACUUGAUUAGCUCUGUUUACACGAUAAAGUCAAUCACUAGCGCUCUUAUGGCUCAGUUUGUUCGUUUGUUCUUUGUGAACUUAAAAAUCAAAGUCGAAUUAGUUAAAUCUAAAUGAAUGUUGAGUAGAUAAUGAACAAUGGCGGUGCGAUGAGUUUUCAAUUAGUUCAAGUGGAGUGAGAAACAAAUGGCGUGCACAUUCAUACACAGGAAAUUCAAUUGAAGACCCGUUUUUGCGUGCGAGCUGAGAGAGAGAGAGAGAAUAACAAGAAUAUAUCAACCGUUUUUGAUACGCUUUAACCCAAUGAAAUGAAUAUAUGGAUUUCAUUUCUUAGGCGUAUUAAAACAAUAUAGUCUAAAUUAGAUCAAUUUGAAAGCUGUCAUUUUUUGCACGAGGCUGAAAUUUGUUGUUUUUUUACGGGAACAAUUUGGAUAGAAUCAGAUGGGUAGAUAUAUAUCACCAUAUAAAUGGUGAUCGCAUAUUUGCGAUUAGAUUGUCAGUUACACGACGUCAGUUAAUUAGAGAACCCAUUUUGGCACUUAUUUACAUUUCAUAAUGCGUAAAUCAUGCGAAAAAAAGCUAGAACAGAAGAGCGAUAGAGGGAGAGAUAGUGUGAGGGAGAGGAAGAGAGGAAGAAAAAGAGAAAAGGAAAGAGAGGAAAAUGGAGAGAAUGAGUGAUAGAGCGUGAAAAAAACAGAGGACAGUACACCUGAAAGAGACUGUGGGAGAUAAAAUAGGACCAAGAGAGACGUUAGAUAUGAUAGAUAGGGACUGAGAUAGAAUUAGAUAUAAUGAAGUCGAAUGAGAGAGACUGAGAAAGAGAGACAGAGAGAGACACACACACACACACAGAGAGAGAGAGAGACAAAUGGAGAAAGAUAGAGACUGAUAGAAACAUAGACUAAUACUGAGCUCAAAAACUCUGACUGAAACUCUUUGUCCAUAGUUAACAGAGCAGAAAACUUGAAAAAGACCAAAAGUGUACAAUUCAAUCGAACCCAUGGAUAUGGUAUGAGACAAAGUGUGUUUAAACAGCUGAUAUUAGCGAUGAACUACCGAAAUUGAUAAUAUGAAGCGUGUGCUGCUUCACUUCACCUAAUUCAAGUGGAUUCGAAAUAUGUUAUACUAUAUUUAAUACACAACAAUAUCAUUUCUUAUCGUCACACUGCAGUGUUAUUGUUGUUUUUCGUUAAAAAAAAAAGAACGCAACAACAAGCACAAGCAUUUAUCACCUGAGCAAUUUGUUAAUACAGGCCGAAACAGCAACAACACUCGUCCAACUUGUUUCGAAUGAUACAUUCAGGUUUUUGUCAUUCGCCUAGUCGCGUCGCUAGUAUUGGUUUCGAUCGAAUGCGAAAUUUAAUUUAAAGAAAACAACUCCGGUUCAUUUGUGCAAAUGCUAGAGACACACACCCACUUUUAAAACGUCGUUCAUUGGUUGUGUUGUACACACAUCAGCGCCGCCAUAUUAAUAUACUACAAUAUCCAUAUUCAUAUACACUCAUUAUGCUUGUUCAGCGUAAUGUUGCUGCUUCUUUUAUUUCAGUUCGCUUGCUUUUUUUUAUGAUCGAUCAUUUAUAAUUGCUUCGCUCUGUUUUAUUGUAUUUUGUGGCACAUAAUCAUAUCAUGAAACAUUUUAUUAAGCCACGUGAUAGCAGUUACAGUGCGAUUUAUAUCGCAAAAGUUCAUCGCGACUCUCUCGGACUGGUUCUAUUUUUCUGUACAAUAUUGUUUCCAUUUGAAAUGCACUAAUGAUCAUACGCAUAAUCGGUGAAAUUUCCAAAGACAUCAAUCGCGAACGAUUUACGAUCGAAAGCGAGUUUUUUUUUAUUGGCAAAAACUUGUAUAAUAUGAUUGACGAAACUUUUAUUUGCAAACAUGGAAUGAAUGUGAAAAAAUGGCAAAACUAGAGGGAGCGUGCUAAUUUUGAAAAAAAAAAUCCCUACUUUUUUUUCUUCUUCAUUGUGAUUUCGCUUAAAGCUCCUUGUUUUGUCUUUUCAUUGUGACCUUUGCGCCGUCAAGUCAUUGGACUAAAAUUUCUGCCGUGGCGACAUGGCGAGCCAGUUUUGAGACAGAAACGGAAAAAGCCACUUGUCGAACCGAAAAGGCAGGUACGCUGUGAACGAUACAAUCGAUAAUCGAUUGUUUGAAUAAAACAGCUGUGCGUGACGAUUUUUUUCUUAAUUUAUGUCAACAUCCAUUUUGAUCCUGUUUACAGGCUUGAUAUUCAAUGCACGAACGAACGAGAGCUCAAGGAAUGUUUGAUUCUCGCUCGUUUUGUACAAGACGGCUCCCAUGAUUCGCUUGAGGGUCGUAAAUAUUCACAAUUUUAUGGCCUGAACAAUAAAUACUGGUUGAGCCGGUCCAUUCGAAACGAAAUAAAGAAAACUACGCUAAAAUAGCAAUUCUAUGAAAAAUGCCGAUAAUAAACACCAGACACUUGGUUGAGAUACUUGAAAAUUGACUUAAAAAAUACUUUUUAUCGAAAAAAGUUACGGGUUUGUAAACCGUAUCUGUUGGGGUCUGUCGGUACAAUCUAUAAAAAAUAUUAAAAAGAGACCACAAAAAAUUGAUCUGGAUGUGUGCGACAAAAUCCACUUCCUCGACACACCGAGCGGUGUUAGUCAGUCAGUAGCUUUCCGCCUUUAAAAUAAGGCCAUAUAUUAAUUUGAUAACAUUGUUUAGCUCAGCGCUAACUUCAGAACGCACACGAAUCAAAAACAACAACAAACGCGGUGUUCGUUUGUAUGCGAAUGAACCGAACGCGCGUUUCUGUUUUACUUGACAUUUGUAUCGGGCGAGCGCUCGAGUCGCGCAAUUCAUUUAAAAUUCAAAUGGGCAUUUAUCGUGUGGAAAUUCACUCAACGCCAAAUUUAUUCGUCAAUUAUUAUCGAUAGUUUCUCUAUUGAUUCGUUGAAUAAAUCCAUGUUUUUGUUCACUUACUUCCAAAUGCAAUUCUCAUCUUUUUUAAUGUACGCCGAUCGAGGGCGGAAGAACAGUUUUUUUUUCGCUUUGCAUUUAGUUUCCCUGUGUUUUUGAGAUCACGAUGCGAGAGUAAACGUAGAAAGCAAAACAAAAAUGAAGGUCAACUUGUCUAUGUGUGUGUGCGCGCGUGUAAACACGUUGCGGCCGCAAAUACCACAGCCAUUUGGCUGUGAGAAAAUUUGCCAAAAGCUGUCGUUAGAUGAAAUCGUAUACGAAAAGAAAAACACACAAAAAUAUCCAAUCGUUCUUGGCCUCGAUUCUGGUGACUGAAAGUGAAAAAACACACACAGAAAUCGAUUGGCCCAUUUGCUUUGUGUUUAAGUCGAAAAUAGACACAGAGUUUUAUGUUACGCCGAGAUUUGAUGCCAUUUUCAUCGAUUUUCUUCACUUGUUCAGGCAAGAUAAGGAGAAGAAAGAGAAAAUUUAGCAUUUAUUACACUACUGCUUACAUAAUCUAUUCGUCAUUUUAUCUCAACAAAACGCUAUUUGCGCACAACGGAAAUCAACUCGUUUUCCAAUUCUCCCACAAGAAAAAAAUUACGUUGAACACACAAAAUUUGCAGAGAAAAACGCCUGAAUCUCUACUAUUUGCAAAGCUUUCUAAUUCAUCCAUCAAAGUUUUACCGACUUUGACUUGGCUACAACACAAUACUCUAAUCGACAUGCAUUAUUUCACUGUCAUCUGAUGUAACCUCGUACUAUAUGUUACAGUACAACAGCUAUAGUUGAUGCAAUUGGAUUUUUUGCUUUGGUUUUUGCCUCCGCUCGCAUUUAAAUCGAUGUCACAAGAGAUUUUUAGACACUUUGUCUUGAAUAUGGAAUUUUUUUUAUCUCAUUUACGAAUUAUGCCAACGGAGUUUUUUUGGGUGUUUUUUUUCGCGUUUUAUGAAAGUUUAUCAUAGCAUUGUUGUGAUAUGAAUUUCAUUUAUGAACGACCACAACUAUUUGGAAAUUAGAGCCGCGAGGAAUGCUAAUCUUAUUUAAGCUUUUUUCAAACGCCGGUUUUUGACUUGUUUUAGAUAGCAAUAAUUUUUUGUCGGAUUGUAUGAUGAAAUCGGAGAAAUGUUUGAAAUUUAACUUCAUAGCAUUGUCAUUUAGGAUAAAAUGGGAAUCUUUCGAUAUUCUUCUCGUAAUUUUGCCAAAUGGUUAAUUUGUAUCGAUUUUAAAUGAUUUCAACUCGAUUUGAGAAGGUUUGCUAACUUUCUUCAAUUCAAGUUGAGCGCAAAAUUUUGGAAUCCAUUUUUCGAAGAAUUUCUAUUUCAUCAUCAUUGAUGACGAUUGAUGAUUCAUCCAUGAUUGAGAGCCAUCAAAAAAGUCUACGAAAUUUUUCCGCACCAAAAAAAUCCGUUCCACUUUGGAUUCCAAAGUUUGGAAUGAUUAACUCAAUACAUCGCUUACCACUAAAUGUCUUGGAUGUAUUGGCUGCCAAAAUUGCAGAAUAUACCUCUUCAAAUUGGUCCAUGGUUUACAAGGUCAAAUUUAAUGACAUAAUCUCAAAACUGAUGACUAAUUUUUCUUUCUUUCAUCAUUGUUUGGUUGGUAAUUUUUGUCUAUUUUUUGUUUGCUUUGCAGAAUUAUUUUUAAAAAAAAGUCAUUUUAGACCAAUUUGAAUCGAUUCUUCCAUUCUGAAUACCUACCUUUUUUUCAUUUUCUCCCGAAAGAACAGCGAAAUUUUGAAAACAAACACAAAUUUGGACCAUCAAAUAAAGAGUUUGACUCUGAAGUUAGAUUCUUUGGAUAAAUGAAAUAUUUCGUCUUUGAUAGAGAAUAAAAGACUCUUCGAGAUGAAAAAUCGCCUCCAGGUUCAAAGUUUUCAUCCCUAUAUCUAGACCAAUGGUCAGGAAUCCACCUGAUAAAUUUGUCGGAUAUAUAUAGAACCACCUGCCGAAUCGAAUGAAACAAAUUUAAUUAAAUUCUGAAUAAAUUCCUUCGUUAUUAGGAAGAAUUUACAAAGCAUCAACUAAACGAAUAUUUUCAACUCUUUCAACAUUCCAAUGGCCAAAAAACAUCAGCAAAAACAAUUUUUUGGCGUAAAACAUCUGAGAUCUCGGUUCUGUUUAGCGCAUUCAAAAUUAUUACCUAUUUAUCAUGAAUUCGUUGAACUGUGCGAAAAAAAGGCACUUGUUUUGCAUGUAUGGAAUUUUAAGUGGUAAUUUUUGUUGUCGGUUGCUUUUUGUCGUUUGGUGUGAAAAAUUCUGGUAUUCAAAUUUUUAAAUUCCAUAACAAUUAUGAUUAAUUAGCCGAGGCUGAGAAGAAGCGCAGCCAGAAAAAGAAGCCAUUUAAAAUUUCUUGAUUUUUUCUCUUUGAAAAAAGAAUAUUUUUUGAAAAUAAAAGUGAAAUAAUAACAACAUUCCAAUCAAAUUGGUCAAUUUGGGUUUGUUGUGUCGGAAGUGAUCCAAAAAAUUAUAUUAUCGGCGAUUGGAUCGUCGGCACGAAAUCAGGAAAAGUGUCGGGACGAAAACGCAUAGCGAUGCACGUCGUGUAUUCCACAACAUCAAUUUCGUUGUAUGAACUUGAUAAAAAAAAACUAGGCACACGUGUCCCAUUUGCAUACAAACCACGCGCGUCAAUUGUUUUGUUGCGGAUUUCUUCGUUUUGUACAAUUUUGCAAAAGUUCUUUCAGAGAUAAGGAUCCGUUAAACAGACGUUGGCUAUGAAUAACAAAGCAAGUGAGAGAGAGAGAGAGAGAGAGAGAAAGGCGGAAAGUUUAAACAGUGUGAGAAACAAUAUUGUGAUGUCCGAUUGCGAUCACGACAGGAAUACGAGCUGCUUCGUUUGAAUUCUUUCAAAUCUAUUGCGGUUCCAAUUGGAAUUUCCUUCGCAAAUUAUUUUUUCGAUAGAAUCCACAGCGGAACCGUAUUGUCAACUGUCCAAUCUCUGUAUAUUAUCGCUUCCGUUUUUAAUUCAGAUUCACAUGUGAAUUUGAAUUAACGCGCAAUUUAAUCAAAAUUCCACACGACAAACGGAGUGUGAACAAAUGAUUUACCUGAAAUACCGCUCUGGUGGACUCGUUUCGCCUUGACAGCAUGCAUUUUUCAGAAUCGACUACCAAGUCGGGUAUUUCCGAUUUGAUACAGCUUGCUUAAUUCGCAAGAAUUUGGUGCUUUUUUGGAUUGCACAACAGUGUUGCCAACUUGACUUUGUUUGAAGAGUUUGAUUCUUUUUUUUGGGAAAAAAGGAAAAUCGGAACGAGAGUGAGUGAGUGGAGUUAGAUGAAAUGUAUUAAUGAGGGAGGGAGGUAAAGAGGACAUAAGAGUGAGUGAGAGAAGCUAAAAAUGAGAGUAAGAGGGAGGAAGUGAAAUAGGAAUGGAAAAAGAUUGAACCAGAAAAAUAUAGAAAGAGAAAAGCAAUUAAAAAAUAAGAAGAAAAGGAACGAGAAAAUGAAAGAUUCGAAUACAUUUCAAAGAGAGAGAAAGAGAGAGAGAGAGAAGAUAUUCGAUAAAAUCCAAAAAACACCAUAACUGACAAAGGGGCAAAGAGGACGAAAUCGGAGUAUAAUCCGCCAUAAAUGUGAAAAUGUUCCCGUUUCCAAAGAAAUGCGGCGUCAAUAAUCAUAAACGCUAACCAAGUGUUAAACGACUCAAUUAGAUAACAAUAUUUGCCAUUAGUGUAAAUUAAUUGUGCGAAAAUAAACGGCUCCGGCAAUAAACAUAAAUGUCGAAUCAAAGAAAAAUGCUCGAUUGUUUGUGUUGUUUGGGGCAAAUUGUUUAAUCAAGAUUACGAUGGAGAUGUUGCGAUUUAUACUUUCCGACCGAUAAUUUAUGGUACGUAGGAUAAGCGAAGCGUGUACAAUGUGUUGCAAAUGUAAAACAAUGACGACACACCGAUUUCCAGGAGAAACAACAAAUUAAUGAUAUAACGAACAAUUUGUUUGGUUUGUGGGCGCGUACCGUGCCGUAUACUCUAUAAUUUUUUGUUUCUGUUGCUCAUCAUAAGCAUUAGUGGGUGAUUGCAUUCAUUUGUCACCAUCGUAAAACAAUUGCAUUGACAGCCGCCCAUUUGGUGUCGAUCUAUUGUAUUUUGCUGUGUUCGUGACAUUUACCUUUAGCAAGACAAAAAAAAACACCAUCGACGUACAACAACCAUGCGAAACGUCAUAUGCUUGUUAGUCAGUUUGAAAGCUCAAUAGAGUUUGCUCAAAGCCGUGACGACGGCGGAAAAAAAUGUGGAUACAGUGUGUGCGAAUAAUGAAUGAUUAUUUUGAAAAUGAAACAAUGAGCCCGUGUGCGCACAGGAGCCUAACCACAAUCACUGAUUUAAUCACACUUGCGGCGGUGAAUUUGUUCGGCGCUUUUUUUUCUCGAGGCGUCGAAUUUUAUUAAACUUUAACUAGAAUUCGCAGAAUUGAUCUUGGGCUUUUGGUUUUGUCAAACCACCAGUUACGUUUCGCAUGUCAUUUGCGGAUCGCAAUGAAACAAUUUCGGUUUUUAUUUGCAAUAGAUUGAAUCGCAGCAGCUGUUAGCCGAACGAGUGAGGAAGCAACAGUUGCGGAAAGCACACAGAGAGUGGGAGAAUUCUGUGUGUACUUACUCUAUGAUCACAUUGCUCUCUCACACACUAUCUCAUGCGCUCACAAUGUACUACACCGUUGAUCGCUUGUUGCUUUUCCGCUGUAUGUGCGCGCUGCCGCCGUCGUCGUUGCCGUGUGAGUUAGUGUUUGUGGCGUGCACAGUACUCUCGCUCGAGCGCGCCAAGUAUUUAAAAAAUCUUUCACUCAGUCUAUCAAUUCAGUUGUCUGUUUAUUUUGGUGCUGGAACCAACGAACAUCCAACACAAAACGAAGUGUUUUUUAUUCCGACAAUUUUUGCUUCUCGUUUCCAUACAAUUUGUCAUAAGAGAAAUCCAAACAGCCCUUCUCCAGUUUCUACCUCGAUCAUUGCUGUCUUGUGUUAAUAAUUUUUUCGUUGUUUUUUUCUCCUUCAUUGUUGUUACCUACUUUAGAAGUGAAAUACGCUACAGUAUUUUGUUUUGUUUUCGGUUCGAACGAUAUUUUAAAACUCUUCUACUGUACGUGCAAUUUGUGAGUGUAUGUUGUGAAGAAAUUCGGACCAAAACAACAACCGAAACAAUUUCGAAUUACAACAACAACAUCAACAGCCGCAACAGAAACAAAAAAAGAAGCAUUUGUUGGUAUUCUCUUUGUCGGUCAUUCGGGUUUUUCGAUGAGAUUUUAUGUAAUGUUCGGUAUUGAGUCGGUGCAAAAAUGCAAAUAAUCCAACAGUCGACUUAGUUGUGCGUUGGUGUUUGCUCCAAUUGUUAUUGAUCAGUGUUGAUCUGUCGAUCGGCGCUUUGGUUGAAGUGAACAUUUUCUGGAAAAGCAUCCAACGAAAUCGGUUUUUUUAAGUUCGAAAACACUUUUUUUCUAUUUUUAAUGACAUUGAAGUGAGGCGAGUACGGACAAAAAAUGCAAACCAACAUGAAACGUUCUUCAUAACGCCAAAGACAAACUGAGAAAAAAACUUUACUGAAUCGGUCUUCAAUGACGAUUGUGCUACAACUUGGUUCCUCUAAUUAGUUUCUGAUAAGUUCGGUCGUUGCAGUUUUUUUUAAAACGCGUCAAAGCAUUUGGGUGAUAGUAAAUUUUAAGUAGUUUUUAUUUAGCCCGUCGAAGCUCAAUUGUGAUUUUAUUGAAAAAAAAUAUUUUAAACCAAUUUUCGAGUGGUUUUGAAAUCAAUCGCAAGUGAAAACGAUCAAACAAACUAAAAGAAGUAGAAAAAAAACAGACAACUGUUUUUUUUCUCUUUGCAACUAAGUUCGAAAUAUUCAAUGUUCGGCAUCGAUACACACGUUACGGUAACGCAUGUUGACUCAUACACAACGCCAAAAAUUUGAGUGAACCCAGAGUAGAGAGCGAACAGCGCAAAAAAAAAAACAGCAGCAAUAUACACCGGAAGCCCAAAAACUCUUUUCGUGAAUCAAAUCGACGUUACGUUGAAUUUUUUUUCUGCUGUGCUUCAUACAUUUUCCACAAUGCCGUACACAAUUUGAUCGAAACUCAACGAAGCUACUCACAUACAUGAGCUCGCGCUUUUUUUUAUAUGUGCCAAAAUAGCAAAAUAACCAAUUCAUCCAACCAACCAACCCAAGUAUAAAAACAUAAGCAAAAUCCAGUGCUUUGCAUCAAUAAGAUCGCCUUCAAUGCUUCAAAAUAGUCUCAAAACGUUGACAAUAAAAUAGUGAUAACCAUAUCGAAAUAGCCGAAUCCAAUUUUGAAAACCCAAAUAAUCCGACAAAUUUGAAAUAAGAUGUUAAAUUCGUUAAGUGUAUCAGUGGCCAUAGCAUUAUUUAGCUGUUGUUGUAGUUUAGUACAUAGUUUUGCAAUCGAAUCACGUCAUAAUAAUAAUAAUGAAUAUUCGACAUUUGAACCAGCUCACUGUACCAGUGAGGUGUAUUGUCGAGGCGAUCUGUUGCAUACCGUGCAAAUGGCCAAGCUCUACAAUGACUCCAAAACGUUUGUCGACAUGAAAAUGAAGGUAUCGCCACAGAGUACAAUGGACUCGUUCAGGGAAUUCAUGGAAAAACAUGACAAUAAACCAACCAAAGAAGACAUUCGACAAUUUGUUAAUGACUUUUUCGAGCAACCAGGCGCCGAAUUCGUCGACUGGGUACCAGAAGAUUGGAAAGAAAGUCCAAGUUUCUUGGAAACCAUCAAAGAUCCCGACUACAGACAAUGGGCAUCCGAUUUGAAUGCAUUCUGGAAACAAUUAGGACGUCAAAUGACUGAAGAUGUGGCGAAAAAUCCUGAUCUCUACUCGAUCAUCCAUGUGAAGAAUCCGGUGAUUGUGCCAGGUGGACGGUUCCGUGAGUUCUACUACUGGGAUUCAUUUUGGAUCAUUCAGGGAUUGUUGCAAUCAGAAAUGCACCACACAGCCAAGGGAAUGUUGGAAAAUUUCCUCUCGAUUAUCAAUCGUUUUGGAUUCAUUCCAAAUGGUGGUCGUAUCUAUUACUCCGAACGUUCACAGCCACCACUUUUGGCAGCUAUGAUCAAGGCCUAUGUUGACAAGACAAAAGAUAUUGAAUUCAUGAAAAUGGCCGUACCAAUUUUGGAGCGUGAAUUCUACUUCUUCUACAACAAUCACAUGGUUGAAGUGAAGGGUCAUGCAUUGGCCGUUUAUGGUGAUAAAUCGACUGGCCCCCGUCCCGAAUCUUAUCUUGAAGAUAUUUUGACCGCUCAAUAUCUCGAAACCGAGAAAGAAAAGGAAGACAUGUGGUCGGAAUUGAAAGCUGGCGCCGAGAGUGGAAUGGACUUCUCGAGCCGUUGGUUCAUUAAAAAUGGUACAAACGAAGGCGAACUAAAGGAUAUUAAAUGCCGUUCAAUUGUUCCCGUUGAGCUCAAUGCAUUCUUGUACUGGAAUGCACGUAUCAUCUCCGAUUUCCAUAUGAUUGCUGGCAAUCCAAAGAAAGCAGCCGAAUUUGAACAACUCGCCACAGAAAUGUAUGAUGCCAUUCAAGCUGUUCUGUGGAAUGAAGAGGCUGGAAUAUGGUUCGAUUACGAUUUGAUCAAUCAAAAGCCUCGUCAAUACUUUGUGCCAACCAAUUUGGCACCAUUGUGGACCGGUGCAUUCAACACCGCUGAAAAGGAGUUGCUUUCGAAGAAAGUACUCAAAUACAUCAAUGAUACUGGUAUUGAUUUGUUCCCGGGCGGUGUACCAAACACAUUGCUCCAGUCCGGUGAACAAUGGGACUAUCCAAAUGUAUGGCCACCAAUGCAGUACUUGUUGGUCGAAGGUUUGCGCGCACUCGAAACACAAGAGGCUUGCCAAAAAUCAUUCGAUUGGGCAUCGCGAUGGGUUCGAUCCAAUUUCAUUGCAUACAAACAAACACGGGCUAUGUUUGAAAAGUACUCGGCUGAAGAGCUCGGUGGUUACGGCGGCGGCGGUGAAUAUGAAAUCCAAUUGGGUUUUGGAUGGUCAAACGGUGUCAUUAUGCAGUUCCUAGCUGAAUAUGGUCGCGAUCUGAAAUCAACAGAAGAAAAAGAUCCCGCAACCAACAAUACGACUUCAACAACAAACAAAGCUGCUACAACUUUCAAAUUGAAUCGAUGGACGGUGGGUGUAACGACAGCGGUUGCUAUAGUGGCCACAAUUGCUACUCAUGUCUUUGGGUGAGGUUCUUCCAAAAACACCUCGUUCAAUUUCAAAUUCGGUGACACCAUUGAACAAAAAUCACACAUGUACAUAGAAAUAAAAGAAGAGACACAACGGCACAAACUCCAUCCCCAUUGACAUGUUCAUUAUUGAAAACAACAAAUGAUUGAAUCUAAAAUUGUGGAGAGUUUUUGUCCCAAUCCUUGAUUGCGAAUGUUUUUUUGUAGUAGCUAGACUAGAAUUAGUUAAUUUAUUUACAAGAAAUUGUUUUAACCGAGUGAAAAAAGGAACAAACAAAAUAGGUAUAAAAAUUGUGACAUUUGAAUGCUAACUAAAAUUAAUAAGAGAAAUGAAUUGUUUGUAUGUUUAUGUUGACAUGUACAAAGAGAGAGAAGGAGUGUAUUUUUUUUCUUCUGAGAAAUUUGUUAUUUGCUCAUGAAUCUUUUUGUCUAUUGCAACGUGAAAUGUUUUAUGUGAUUAAAAAUUGAAAUUGCUGCAUUGAAUCGUGUGGUGCAUAGCUGCAGCUGAAUUAGUUCUGCAGAAUCCCGAAAAAAAAUCAAGCAUUUAUAAGCACUAAGUGAAUAAUAAGAAAUGAAAAAUGAUUUUAAAGUUUCACAUCCCUCGAGAAUGUUUCGACCAUGAUUUUAAAUUUGUGAGUGUUCAUUUCGAUGGUUUUGUUUCAAUUGGCAUGUGCUUUUCUCUAGAUGUUUGUUUCCGUUAUUUUUCUUCAACGUGAUUUUGAUUUAGAAUAUCGCUCUGUGUUUUUAAGCUCCGGAUCCAGAAUUUUGCUUAGGUUUUAGGAUAUUUAUGAAAAAAUGCCACGCUGGACAUGGUUUCUCAACAAAUAGCCGGAGUUUGGAUCGAUUCCAAUCGUUUUCCCAUCAUCGUUUCAUAUUCACUAGCCAUUCCCUCCACAAUGUGGAGGCCCCCCUCACACACUCAAAGUCUUCCAUCGUUUGUCAGUGGAGAACGAUUGGAGACGAUCCCCCAACGAUCAAAUCCAGUAAUAUUUACAGGAAUUAUCGUUGUGACUUCUGUUAUCGUUUCAAAUUUCAGCUCAAGGUGACUCAAUGUAAAUGGGCUUUUUUUUAAUAGGUGGACAUGGAGAUAAAACACAAGGGGAUUCUUUAUCAAUAGCAAAAAACGUGAUAUAUUUGAAGAGACAUGGAAAAGAAAUCUUUAUUUUUAUAGUUCAAAAUGAAGUUUUUUUUUGUUUGCUUAAGCAAAAAAAUAGGGAAAAAAGAAA